AUGAAGCUCACCACCACGCAGCUGCUCCUCGCCGGCCUGGCCGCCGCCCUGCCGCACCGCGACAGCCCGCAGCAGCGCUUCCUCAACGGCCUCGCCCUGCCCGACAAGUUCGCCGCCGGCCGGCACCGCCCCUACACGCCGGGUCACCGCGAUUCUCUCGACCGCUACGUCGACCCGGAGCAGGACUCGCUGGACCCGCUGCCCUGGCGCAACGGCGACGGCGCCAGCGUGCUCGGCCCCAUCAACCGCGACCGCGCCCGGCAGAGCCCGGACAUGGUGCGCCCGCCGAGCACCGACCACGGCAACGUCGCCAACAUGCGCUGGAGCUUUACCGACUCGCACACGCGGAUUGAGGAAGGCGGAUGGACGCGACAGACCACCGUCCGCGAACUGCCCACCAGCGUCGAGCUGGCCGGCGUCAACAUGCGCCUCGACAAGGGCGUCAUCCGCGAGCUGCACUGGCACAAGGAGGCCGAGUGGGCGUACGUGCUCGAGGGCAGCGUCCGCGUCACCGCGCUCGACUACGAGGGCGGCAACUUCAUCGACGACCUGAACAAGGGCGACCUGUGGUACUUUCCCAGCGGCGUCCCGCACUCCCUGCAGGGGCUGGGCGAGAACGGCACCGAGUUUCUGCUCAUCUUUGACGACGGCAGCUUCUCGGAGGAGUCUACCUUUAUCCUGACCGACUGGCUGGCCCACACCCCCAAGAGCGUCAUUGCCGAAAACUUCCACCUCGCCCCCGAAGUCUUUGACCACCUCCCCAAGAGCGAAAAGUACAUCUUCCAGGGCUCCCAGCCCGGCUCCCUCGACGCCGAGCGCCCGCGCGGCCGCAACGUCAAGACGUCCAAGUACCAGUUCACCCACCGGCUCCUCGACCAGCCCGCCAAGGAGACGUCGGGCGGCCACGUGCGCGUCGUCGACAGCACCAACUUCCCCAUCUCGACGACCGUGUCCGCUGCGCACGCCGUCAUCGAGCCCGGCGCGCUGCGCGAGAUGCACUGGCACCCCGUCGCCGACGAGUGGUCCUACUUCAUCCGCGGCCGCGCGCGCGUCACCAUCUUCGCGGCCGAGGGCAGCGCGCGCACGUUCAACUACGUGGCCGGCGACGUGGGCAUCGUGCCCAAGAACAUGGGCCACUUUGUCGAGAACAUUGGCGACGAGCCGCUGGAGAUGCUGGAGAUUUUCCGCGCGGACCGGUUCCGCGACUUUUCGCUGUUCCAGUGGAUGGGGGAGACGCCGCAGAGGAUGGUGCUGGACCACUUGUUCGCGGACGAUGCGGAGGCCGGGGCCAAGUUUUGGGAGGCGGUACGGAACCCGAGCAAGGAUGAGAUCACGGACCCGACAAAGGAGCUGUCUCACGACGAGCACGAGGAUGUUGAUGACGAGGAGCUGUGA